GACAGUAAAACCGCCUUGAUCUUGGCAGCGAAACAAGGCCGUGUUGAAAUUGUCCGCUUGCUCUUGGAAGCUGGAGCAGACAAAGGCCUAAAGGAUCGGGAAGACAGGACAGCAUACAAUUGGGCAUGGAUCUGCGGCCGCUAUGAGGUUUCUCAUUUGCUGCUGGACCAAGAGUCCGAACAGGACUUGAGUGAGAGACUGAGCCGGCGCAGCAGCUUUUACUGCGUUGCGCCUUUUCAAUUGUCACGUUAG